GUGUCCUUCUAGCUGAUCAACGAAUAAGGCUCUGCAUCAGUCGUCAAAAUAUGCUGAUAAUGCUGGCCUCAACCAAUUGACGGACCGAGCUCAUGAUACGGGCAGCCACUUGCCGCUCCCGGUUUGGCAACCAGCAAACAACUGUCUCGACUUGCCGAAGCGAGACAGCGCGAAUGGAUUAUGAUCACAGUGUUAUCCGUUUGACAAGACAACGAUUCCUAGGUCAGUUGCUAUCCGAAGUUGUGUAAUCAACAAUGCGAGGUACACUAUCCCACAGCCUACCUUUUCUAACCGGUACGUAUCCGAGUGCGCGGGGUCGACUUACUUUGGCCAUUAUCGGGUUGCAUUGUCAUGUCCGACAAAAGCCUGUAUCUUAACAUAGGUGACACAUGCCUGUGCUGCUGCGACAAUGCCUCAAGUUGACCCCAGACUCUGCAACUUCUGCCUUCGAUCGAACAAAUGGGACCGUUCUAAGUGCCAAGAAUGCUCACCAGUGAAUAAGUAUGGCCUGACAACGAUAUAAGCGUUCACAUGUCGCUCUCUUGUACCAUGUGCUUGGGUUCUUGAGGAGUAUCGAUACUAUCGCUCAAGCAUGGCCAGAGAAAUCGAGUUGCUCAUUGUGGGUGCGGGCCUCCACGGUCUUUGUAUGGCUAAGACGUAUCUUGAGCUCAACCCUGGGGCUGAUAUCCUUGUCGUCGAUAAGGCUGAAUCUAUUGGAGGAUCAUGGGCCGAAGAAAGACUGUAUCCUAGGCUCAAGACAAACAAUGUCCUAGGAUCAUAUGAAUUCAGUGACUUCCCAAUGAUCCCUGAAAAGUAUGGGGCGACGCCAGGCACCCACAUACCCGGUAGAGUAGUUCACAACUAUCUGUGUGAUGUUGCGACUCAUUAUGGAAUCGAUGCUGCAUUCCAGCCGAGAACAACUGUGGAGCAAGCAAAACUGCAGGACGAUCGUCGAUGGAUGGUCAAGCUACGGAGAUCAGAUUCAUCUGGCAUGGCCGAAGAGUUUCUCAUUGCUGAAAAGAUGGUCAUUGCGACUGGAUUGACCUCCGAACCGUACCUCCCGAUCAUACCAGGAACAGACGAUUUCCACGGCCUCUUGAUACAUUCAAAGCAGCUGAAGGAGCGUGCCGCAGAUCUAACAGCUUGCAAGGAUGUGGUUGUACUUGGAGGCAACAAGUCGGCAUGGGAUGUGUGUUAUGAUGCUGCACGCUCCGGUGCCCGUGUGCGUAUGGUUAUUCGGCCAUCUGGCGGUGGUCCGAGCUAUGUGUGGCCAAAGUCAUUCAACUAUGGGCCCUUCAAGUUAUCCCUGGCUAGGAUGUCUGCGACGAGAUUCUUCAUGGCAUUUGAUCCGACUCUUUUCGGCCGAAGGGGCUGUAUGUCUUGGUGGUAUAGAUUCCUGCACUGUACAUCCAUCGGCAACAAGAUAUGCGGCUUCUUCUGGAACCGCUUGGAUAAGCACAUCAAGCGUCUGAAUGGCUACAACACUCAUCCAGAACUGAGAAAACUAGAACCAUGGACUACUCCAUUCUGGAUGGGAAAUUCAUUAAGUAUCCACAAUUAUGAGACAAACUGGUUCGACCUUGUUCGAGAGGGGAAAAUUACUGUUCAUAUCGCUGACGUUGUUUUGUUAUCCUCAGAGGAUGUGCACCUCUCGAACAGCGAAACAUUACACGCCGACGCUUUCGUCUGCUGCACCGGAUGGAAGACCAAGUCAACGGUACACUUCGACUUACCUGUCCAGGACCAUGGUAUUAAAGAAACAAUGUUGGAGGCCGAGAAAGCUGAAGCUGAGAUCGAGACCGAAUUGAGAUAUCUUCGAACACUGCGGAAGAGAACUAGCAAUGCACCCCAUCUGAAAGAGCAGCCCAUCACGAAAUCUCUCCCUACAUCAAAUCAUUACUAUCGGUUCAUGGUGCCACCUGAUGGAUAUUCCCUCGAAAACAAAAAUCUCGCCUUCAUUGGAGCGCAUUCUUCAAUUCAUGCAGUUGUGGUUGCUCAAGCUCAGGCUCUAUGGAUCUCUGCCUUUCUCGAUGGAAAGUUGAAACAUCUACAACCCAGGCAGAUUGAUGCAAAUGCUGUCAGAUAUGAUUCAAUCUUACAUGGUAUUUAUGGAAUGUUGAGACGACCAAAGGAAUGCGGCGGUGCUGCUGGAAGAUAUCCAGACCUCGUCUUUGACAGUAUACCGUAUGUGGACGUCUUGUUACAGGACUUGGGAUUGGAUAUCACAAGAAAACGUGGAAGAUGGAACAAUAUCUUCGGACCACACAUGCCAGCUGAUUAUCGAGGUUUGGUUAAAGAGUGGAAAACCAGGAAUCUAGGCAAUGUUUGACGUCGGC